AUCAUGGUAGAUACAAACAAAAUAGUGGCCAUAUUCGUGGUUUUUGGAAUUACAUUUUUGUUUGGUGUUACACCGAUAUGGCUCCUAAAGGUGUUGUCAUACAAAAUGCAAAAUCUGUCUCGGCUGCAGUACAUCGUUAGUUUGACAAACUGCUUCGCGGGUGGUGUCUUUUUAGGCACGGCAAUCCUCCAUCUCAUUCAGGAGUCAAUGGAGAUAGUUGAAGAAGCUUUACCUGAACUUGAAUUCCCGUUAUCAGGGGUGCUCAUCGGCGUAGGAUUCUUCAUCGUUCUAGGCAUAGAACAUGCUAUAGGACUUUUCAAUAAAGACGACAGCAGUAUUUUACUAGAACAUGGGCACGACCACGGUCCAACAAAUUACAAAUCGAACGAGAGUGGAUAUCAGUCACGAGAAUCGAGAGUCGCCCCACUAAGAGGGUCUGAUGAUGCCAAUCCUCCACCAACAACUGCAACAAAAAGCACAGAAAAUGACAAGAGUGCCCGUCCGUUAGAUAAUCGUGAUGUGAAUGAGACAGAGUUCUCUGAUGAAAACAAAUCACCAGCAGUGCGUGUUGAACCUACAACUAAGAAAACAUCAACCAUUGAUACUUCCGGAGAUGGACGUUCUAAAACGACAAGACGAAUCCGAGCUGUGAUUCUCGGAAUUGCUCUGUCUAUACACAUGAUAUUUGAAGGGAUGGCGAUAGGCUUGCAGGAUACAGUUUCCGAUACCUGGACUUUAGUAGCAGCCAUAUCGGUACAUAAAGCUGUCAUUGUGUUUAGUGUUGGGUUAAAGAUGAAGGAGAUCGUUGAGAAGAAUAUCCGGAUUAUCGCUUAUAUCUUCUAUCUGUCGGCCGUGUCUCCAAUAGGAAUAGCUGUAGGACUAGCGGUUACGAGCACUGGUUCUGCGGACGAUUCUGCACAGAAUAUCAGUUCCGGGAUAUUACAGAGUCUCGCAGCAGGAACGUUCCUAUAUGUGACAUUCUUUGAAAUUCUCCAAAAGGAGCUGUCGAAUGGAUACAGUUUGUUGAAAGUGUUUCUUACCCUUGUAGGCUUCGCUGCUAUGGCUCUCCUGAAGCUAUUGGAUAAGGACUAA